UAAAGGCAGCUGGGCACUCUCGAGCGCUCAAAGGAAGCGAGCCGGCCCGGCUAGGCUGAGAGGAAAUAAAAGCCGAUAGAGACAGUGUUAGACUUGGUCACUGCGUACUGCUGUACUGGCUGGUCGUUGGUUCUGGAGAUCUUGUACCAAGUACUGGAGUAAAAAUGUGGCGAGUGGGAAGUUAUAGUGUUUCACUGCGAAGCAACGUUGUUUGCUCCCUUCGGCAAUGGCACUAUCACGAAGCACGGACCAUGAGCACCAGGCCAACUGUUCCUAGUUGGGUACCCACUGAGUGCGAUACAAAUGCGAAAUGCCUUCUGGACAACAGUAGCACAAGUCGGCCAAGCAGCAGCUUUCCUGUCACUGAUCCAUCCAGUGGUCAGGAGAUUGCACAUGUUGCUGACUUUACAGCCGAUGAUGCCACUGCUACUGUAGAACGUGCUACAAUUGCCCAGAGGAGCUGGGCAUUUCUUCCCAUGGCUCAAAGAUCGAAUGUUCUCAUGCAAUGGCACAAGAACAUCAUGGAGCGUAGGCAGGAGCUUGCGUCGCUGAUCGUGUUGGAAAUGGGCAAACCUCUCGCCCAAGCGUUGGGGGAGGUUGACUACGGCGCUUCGUUCAUCCAGUACUAUGCCGAGCAGGUGAAGAGGCUUCACGGUGAGAUCAUACCCGACCCUCGCAGCAAUCAACGUAAGCUACUGCUGCAGUGGGAGCCGCUCGGUGUGGCUGGCCUCAUCACGCCGUGGAACUUCCCGAUUGCGAUGAUAACAAGAAAGGCAGCAUCGGCUCUUGCUGUCGGAUGCACUACAGUUUUGAAGCCCAGUGAAGACACGCCACUGUCUGCAAUGGCCUUAGCUGAGCUCUGGUCAAUAAUUCCUGAUUCACCAGCUGGAGUAUUCAAUGUAGUACCGUGUUCACGGGCCAGGGCAGCUGAAGUCGGAUCUGUUCUAUGCACACAUGAUGCUGUUGGAGCAGUGUCAGUAACUGGAUCCACCAGAACGGGCAAGAUCGUCAUGCAGCAGUCUGCGUCCACACUCAAACGGAUGUCUCUAGAGCUAGGUGGCAAUGCUCCACUGAUCGUUUUUCCCAGUGCUAACAUGGACCUGGCAGUGGCUGGAUGCAUGGCAACCAAGUUCCGUAACUCUGGCCAAACGUGCAUUUGUGCCAAUCGAAUCUACGUCCAUGAAGCCGUGUAUGAUGAAUUCGUGGAGAAGCUCUCCGAUAAGAUCCAUCAGCUGAAGACAGGUGAUGGGUUCGAGCAGGGUGUGGAUAUUGGUCCUUUGGUUAAUGAAAGAGCUGUGGAGAAGAUUGAAGCCUUGAUGAAAGAGUCUGUUCGAACUGGAGCUCAAGUGCUGAUUGGCGGCGAGAGGGCCGAGAAAGGCUCAUGCUUGUUUCAACCAACACUGGUCACGAAUGUGACAUCCAGCACAGCCUGUGCGAGAGAGGAGAUUUUCGGCCCCGUUGCAUCUAUCAUCAAGUUUGGAGAGGGUAUGAGCUUGCGUGAGAGCGAGGAGAAUGUAUUACAGCAAGCGAAUGCUGGCACAGCCGGACUAGCUGCAUACUUCUUCACGGAGGACUACCGGCAAAUGUGGCGUGUGUCACAGCGCCUCCAGUAUGGCAUUGUUGGUGCCAAUGAGGCAGCAGUCACAAUGGACGUUGCACCAUCCAGCGGCCGCAAGGAGUCUGGCCUCGGUUCGGAAGGGUCCCACCACGGCUUCAGUGACUAUGUGGAGAUCAAGUAUAUUUGCAUGGGUGGCAACUUUGAUAUGAGCAAGUAGGUGAGAAGGUGCUGCUAUCAACGUACAUGUACGUGGAUCUAGUCAUGUUUGUCUGUCAGGGCUAGUCCCCAGAUUGAGUGGCAAUGGAUUAUUUUCACUCUGCCUUCCAUGUUUAGCAGCAAACAAAGGGGGCCACAUAACUAAACUUACUAGUGGUAUGAAAUCAGUGAAUCACGCUCUCCUACCUUGUUCACUACCAGCUAGCAGUUAUUUCACAAUGUUCACAUUCGUAUUUUUUUGUUCACUGCUGCCUGAGAUUUUCCAGUGCUUCCCAGUCAUCAGCUAGGAUGCUAUUUCUUUUUUCUUCUUUUUUUUCCGUGUAUCCCACUUUUCCGGGUUAGUUUUGUAGGGUUUCUGUCAUGCACGGAAGUUGUCAUGUGUCUCUUAUCAGAGUAACUUCGUCUUGUUUAGAUGUCUUGUGUUCACUAUGACUUGACUUUUAUCUUAUUUUAGAAUCAAUAAAUUUGUUCCUUGAAUUAGAA